AAAGGGAAUGCAGGAUUCCCAAAAUGGGAAAAUUCUUAAUGGCUGAUCCCAAGAAAGAUAAAUAUAAAGUUGGAGAUUUGUUGAAAUUUUCCUGCCGAUCAGGACUUACAAGAGUUAGACCAGAUUCAGUACAAUGCUACCAUUUUGGAUGGUCCCCGGAUAUCCCAACAUGUAAAGGUGAAUCAUGUGGUCCACCUCCUCCACUAUUCAAUGGGGAAGUUAAAGAAACAAAGAAAGAAGAAUAUGGACACAAUGUAGUAGUAGAAUAUAAUUGCAAUCCUAGAUUUUUGAUGAAGGGACCUAAUAAAAUUCAAUGUGUUGAUGGAACGUGGACAACCUUGCCAAAAUGUAUUGAGGAGGAGAGAACAUGUGGAGCUAUACCUGAACUUGACCAUGGCUUUGCCCAGCCUUCUGACCCUCCUUAUCACCAUGGGGAUUCAGUGGAGUUCAAUUGUACAGAAACCUUUACAAUGAUUGGAGACAGAUCAAUUACAUGUAUUAGUGGAAUGUGGACCCAAAUUCCUCUGUGUGUUGCAACAGAUCAACUUGAGAAGUGUCAAGCACCAAGACUAACUGCAAAUGAAGCAAAUCAAUCAAAUAAAAAUGAAUUUAAUCAUAAUUUUAACUUCAGUUACCCAUGUAGGGGAAAGUUGGAGCAGAAACAUUCAAUCUGUGUCAAUGGACGAUGGGACCCUAAACCAACCUGCACAAAAGUGGAGAUAAACUUCUGCCCACCUCCACCUCAGAUUCCCAAUGCUGAAGAUAUGAAAACCACAGUGAAAUAUCAGGAUGGAGAAAAAGUAUCUGUUCUUUGCAAAGAAAAUUAUCUGACUAAGGAAGCAGAAGAAAUUGUGUGCAAAAAUGGAAGAUGGCAGUCAAUACCACGCUGUGUUGAAAAACUUUCAUGUUCUCAACCACCUGACAUAGACCAUGGAAGAAUUAGUCCAUCUAGAUCUUCAGAAGAAAGGAAAGAAGCAAUUGAAUCCAGACAGUAUGGACAUGGCACUAAACUGAAUUAUAGUUGUGAAGAUGGUUUCACAACCUCUGAGGAAGAUGAGAUAACAUGCUACAUGCGCAAAUGGAGUCCUCCACCUCAGUGUAUAGGACUUCCUUGUGAACCUCCACCUUCCAUUCCUAAUGGUGUUGUGUCUCAUGAGUUAGACAGUUACCCAUAUGGACAAGAAGUUAUUUACAAUUGUUCUGAAGGUUUUGGGAUUGAUGGACCUGCAUUUAUAAAAUGUUUAGGAGGAAAAUGGUCUUCCCCACCAGAAUGCAUAAGAACAGAUUGUUUUAAUUUACCCAACUUUGAUGAUGCCACGCUUUUAGGAGAAAGGAAAGAAUCAUAUAAGUCAGGAGAUCAAGUGACUUACAGAUGUCCAAAAUUUUACCAAGUGGAAGGGUCCAAUACUAUAACAUGUAUUAAUGGCAAAUGGAUAGGAAAGCCAAUGUGCAAAGAUAUUUCCUGUGUGAAUCCACCCAAAGUGUAAAAUGCUAAUAUAAUAUCAAACCAGAUGCUUAAGUAUCCAUCUGGUGAGAGAGUAUGUUAUGAAUGUAUCAAACCUUUUGAAAUAUUUGGGGAAGUAGAAGUGAUGUGUCUAAAUGGAACUUGGACAGAGCCACCUCAGUGCAAAGAUAGAAGAUCAUAUUUUCUAAUUUUUCUUUGCUUGAGGACAUAA